AUGACCAGUCAACCCAACGCGCGCACCUUCACGCUGGUGAAGAAGUUGGACAACGACACAACUCAACUCAAGCCUGCCCUUGACGACCGUGUCGUAGACCCAGCUCUCAAUGGGGGUUCGGCGCCGGCUUCUCCACCAGUUCAGGGGGCGCUAUCCCUUCAAGUCAGUCUCGAGAACGCCUCGGGCGGUACGAUAUCCGCGCAGUACGAGCUGCUUGACGAUUGGGAUGCGUUGAUGAAACACCUGGGCUCCGAGUCUACCACCAUCCUCGUCAUCACCCGUGUCCAGGAGCAUUCUCAGGCUCGGCUUGAAGGCGCGACGGACUCGACAGCCGAAAGCUAUGACAUUGGGAGUGGCGCAGCCCUUGGCGGCAAGACUGAUGAGCGUGGCGAUACUGCGGCAAAGUACGAGCCAGCUGGUGGCACACACGAUGCCGUGUACGGAGACAAUUCGGACACGUCCGCUUACUACAGUUAG